UCCAGAGUUUUGGUGCCGCAGACUGAACGGCUCUGUCGCUCCUGGUCUUUAAUCUUGUACGAGGAAGAGCUAAUAAAUUCAGAACCUGCGAACGAAGACUGCAAGCAGCAGAGAGUUUAUAAAGCAGCUGAGAUAAAUAAUCUGUCUGUGAAGGGCUCUGUAGGUAAUGUUAAUUAUUUAAUCUAGUAUUAUUAUUUUUUUUUUUACUUUAAUUUAAAGUGAACUGGGAGCAGAUGUAAAGAGUAUAAACCAGGAGUAAUGUGGGCUCACUUACUGGAACAUGGUGGAGGAACCCUAGGAUCCACUGUGGAGGCCCAGCGGAGAAAGAAUUUCAGUUUUUAUUGUGAGCACCGGCGUUUCUUCGUACAAUGAGCUGACCCGUGCUGCUUUGCUUCUAAAGUUCACGGCUCAGCACGCCAACAUACGAUUCCUGGCUUUGGAUUGAAGGAGAAGGGAAAAAAACCUUAACAAGAAUCAUUUUUGUAGCGUUCAUAAAUAUUAAAGCUUGAUUAAAAUUUAGGACCUCUGACUCCUGCUGCUGUCUAACAAAUGAUUAACCCUAAAACACUGACUCAGUUGAGAUGACUCAGUUGCAAAAAGCAGAUUUUAUUAUCAGCUUCUUAUUCCUCUCUUUCUGUCAGCAAAAACUCAUAGCUCUGAAUGAGUAAUGAGGAUACAGUUGCUGUGUGUAACUGUGCGCCACCUCCUUUCUUUGGGCACGAACAUGUGGCUCCUAUGAAGCUGCAGGGAACAGAACCUCAGCUCCUCUUAAUGUUUGGUCCACCCAGGAAUGACCAACAUUAACCUGAGUGUCACACAGACAGAGCCCAAUGGAGCCGUGAGUCUGAGUGGUUUGGGGAGAGUCUAUGGAUAUCCUCUGGGGAAAGAAAGCCAAGCACCUCGCCCUGCAUGUAAUAUCAGGACAAACCGCCUGCGAUGGUAGAAGAUGUCAGCCAGGAAGUCAUGCCAGGGAGCCCAGAGAACAUCCCCCUGGGGGAGUGCACGCUGUCCCAGUCCAGGGACCAGCUCACGCCCCCGAGCCGCACGGAGAGCACCGUGUUCAGCCUGUCCCGCACUGAGUCUGUUUGGACUACGGAGAAUUCCCCAAAGAAGUCUGAAGUCUUUUGGUUCCCCAUCCACCUCAUGUCUACCGGGGGCAGCUUCCUGGCAUGUGGCAUCAUCAUCAGCGGCCUUUACUUCGCUGGCCACUGCCGGAAAGUCACCAACAUCCUGGGACCAGCCCUGCUGUCCAUUGGAUUGAUGGUUUUUGUGGUGGGCGUGGUCCUGAUUCCUGUUACCAAAGAGAACAGGAAGCGGUCGAAAAUGAAGAAGCCCCUGAGUUAUUACAGGCCUCCAGUGUUUAACCUGUGAUGGCUCGGGCGGUGAUGUUUUUCAGCACAACUUUAUGUUUGGACAUAAUUUCAGGAGAAACUUGAAGAGCACUCUGAACUGAGGUUCAUAUUUUCAGCUCUGUGGAAAAUGAUUAUUAGAAGACUGUUUGACAACAAUUAUGUUUAUCUCUCUGUGGAUUGACGACACUAUCGCAGUCUCAAGUGUGCAUGAUGUCAUUUCAUUAAUAACCGCGGCUGUCGAAAACAGGAUGAGCGCGCAUGGACAGGAAUGUGCUGCAGAAAAUGCAAUUAUUUACACCUGCACAAACAAUUUAGCAAGAAGAUACACGGCAGUAAAGUGUCCUUAUGAAUAUUUGCAAAGAAUAAAAUAAAAAAUUAUGCAAAGACUGACCGUGUCAGUCAAAGUCACGACAUCUUCUAAUUGUCACUUUGUGUUUUACUGUGUCCAGCUGCAUGUGGCUGCGAGUGUUUGUUCAA